AUGGUUCGUGGACGUGGAAGACGUCAUGGCAAUAACGGAGGCAGUCGUGCGACGCCGUAUGAAAGAUUGCGUGUAGGUCGUGGUCGUCGUCGUGAAGGUGGUGGUGAAUUAAAGGGACGAGUGAAGGGAGGCAGUGGAGGUCGUCGGGGUAGCGUCAAACCCAAGUCUAAAACUGCCGAGGAAUUAGAUGCUGAGAUGGACAGCUAUUGGGGUAAAUCAGAGGAGCAUGCGGCCAAGAAAUUGGAUAGUGAUAUGGACGAUUAUUGGAAGAAUAAGGAAGACAAGCCCCAGGAAGAUGAUGACAAGAAGAAAGACAAUAUUGAUGACGAAAAGGAGAAGGAAACAGUGACAAACAAGAUGGAGGACGAGGUUGUUGCUCAAGAACCCGCAUCUAUUACGAUGGAAUUUGCUAAGGAAUAG